GAAUGAUUUGGUUAUAAUUUCUUCAAUAAUAACGUAAUAUCAUGCACUUAUUUAGAUUUACUCUUUAUAAAGAAAAAACUAUAUAAAACGUUGAUCAAGGUAUCAAUGAACUAAAAAGAAAAUCUUCAAUUACGUAACACUAAACAUCAUAACAGAACAGAAAUUUAAAAAAAAACAAACAAACAGAAACAAAAACAAUGAAAAGUGUUAUCUCAUUAUAUUUACUACUAAUGUUCUCAUAUACAUUAGGCGGUGAUUCAAUGAAUUCAUAUUCAUAUGAUAAUUAUAAUCCAUCAUAUACUGAUAAUAGAAAUUAUCAAAAUAAUUAUAAUGAUUAUAAUUACAAUAAUAAUAAUGGUGAUAAAAAUCAUGGUAAUGAUAAUCAUGGUAAUAUACAUACACAUGGUAAAUUUAUAGCAUAUGGUAAUGCAGAUAAAGGUUUAAAAUAUCAUCAAAUUACAUAUUUUCAUAAAGGUAGUAAAUAUCAAAAGAAAUUUGUUAAUUAUGAUACAAAAGGUAAAGUACAUUCAUAUGGGAAACAAAAUGUUAAAGCUAAAUUUAAUAUUGAAAGUAAUGUACAUUCUAAAGGAAAAUAUAAUGGUGGUAAAUUUGAUCAACUUGUUGGUACUGGUAGUGGACAAUAUAAUGAAGGACAAAUACCAAUUGAAUAUGCUGCAGCUGGAUCUAGUCCAAUAUAUAAUAAUGCUCCAUCAACUUAUGAUGAUAAUAGUAAUAGUAAUAGUAAUGACAAUAAUAAUAACAAUUAUAAUUAUAAUGAUCAAAAUAGUGGAGGAUCAUCAGAUGAUAAUACAUAUUCUAGUGGAACAUACAAUGAUAAUUAUCAACCGUCAUAUUCAUAA